AUGUAUCUUCUCGGAUAUGACAACAACAACCACCACAAAAUCUUGAGUUUCUCUAUUGUUGACUCAAACAUCAAAGACAUUGAGGUCUACUGUUUUAGCUCGGACACAUGGAGGGUUCUCGACGUUGGUCCAAUUCCAGAUCAUGCAUCAGAAGAAAAGAAUGGUUUGUUCUGUUUUGAUUUUACAACAGAGAGAUUUGGACCGCUUCUACCUCUGCCUCCACCUUUCCAUAGUGGUUACUAUAAGGUGACUGAUAUAAUUAGUAGCAAUGAGAAGCUGGUUCUGUUACAUAAUGCCUACGUAUGCGAGAAAGUAGAGAUUUGGAUUACCACUAAGAUUGAGCCCAAUCUUGUGUUAUGGAACAAGUUUUGGACACUGGAUUGGAGUUGGUUCAUUGACGAGGAGAAGAAAGUUGUUGUGUUUUUCGAUAUAACGCCCAAGACCUGUUUCUUCCAAAUGGCUUACAUCAUUGGAGAAGAUGGAUACUUCAGAUCUGUCAACUUAGGGGCAGCUCCAUAUCCUGAGUGGGUUUAUCACAAUAUUGAUAUCCUCCUUACCACCAUGUCCCACCACAAAGCCACUCAUCCUUAUCCGCAACAACCGGGUCCUCAAACUCCAAGCCCAGCUUCUGCUCCAAUACCUGAUACUGUGUCGGGUGCACCAUCUCAGCAAUCUACUGAAGCUGCUGUUGUUACUGGUUCCAUCUCAGUAGAAACUGAUGUUAGCUAA